AUUCACAAGAAAUCACCGUGGAAUAAGUUCACGACGAUUUACGAUUGUGAUCUUGCUGGUGAAGUCUCGGUGAUCAAGCGGCGUUCAGGCGCGACCGGUGUGCAAAACCUGCGCCAGUUUCCUAUUUCCGACGCAAGGAGCAUCCUGCGAAAUUUUCGUGAAUUAGACCAUGAUAAUAUUAUAAAUGCUCUGGAGUUCUUUGAGGAGGGCAGUUUAUUCUAUGUUGUGUCUGAGCACUAUCCUCUCACGAUGGAGCACCUUGUUGCUUCCGUACUUUUUCCCACUGAGAACCAGUUGGGAGCCAUAUUAUCGCAGACUUUGAACGGUCUUUCAUUUAUCAUUGCGCAGGACUUUAAGCAUCAUAUGUUGAUUUGUUCUAGCAUCUUAAUGGAUCUAAAGCGCAAACCGGAAGAAAAGCAGACCUCAGAUAUUUCCGGUCUAGCGAAAAUAGUCAUGGAGCUCAUGCAAAAGUACGCUAAAACCGACGGGGUUGUUGGUAUCGAUAAUCUCGAUCAGUGGCCCUCCGAUUCACACGCAGUUGACUUCUUGUCACGGACGACCUCUGCGCAGUCCGUCAAAGAAUUGCAA